GUUGGCAUCACUAUAAGUCGGAUGUGUGUUGGUGUCGUGCAGUGAGGUGAAUCGAGAAAAAGUGACGAUUUUCUCAAUUUAUUGUGAAAAUAAUUGAGGAAACUAGCAUUUUUAUAUAAUAAACGUAAAGAUGAACUUAAAUAUAACAAAUAUACGUUAUUAGGCGAAAUUUUACGCAAGACAGUGCGCUGUAGUGACGUUUGUAAAAUUUUGCCUUGCAAAAACGUACGAAAGACAAGACAAAACGAAACAAAAAUAGCAGCAGCAGCAGAACGGUGUGGCACCAGCUUAGGGCGGCAGCAAUCACGCAGACGAAUAUUUUGGAAGGAAGGUCGGUCGAUUAUUUGACCGAGGGCAAAAGUAGUGUGCGAAAAAAUAAAAAUUCGACGUAUAUUUUAUAUUUGUCGCGUUUCUAAACUUUUACAUAUUACAAUUUUCAAUGCAACACAGCUACUGAGAUAACAGCGAAAAUUGCCUUUUCGAAAAUUGCCACUUGGAGUUGGUCGUGGUGUUUUGGGCUUGCCGUAGACAAAAACGCUAAGAUAGACGCGGUGUGGGGUUGGGCUUCUGCCCCGCUGCGUUUAGCGGCGAACAGGAUGGGCGAUCCAAUGCUGGCAGGAGCGGCUGGCAGCGCUGGCACUUCAACUGGUGCCAUCGAUCGUCCACCGUCUCCGGCACGUCUAUCGCACACCUCGGAGAAACACCCCAAGGUUACAUUAUCUGAGUUGAAUAUGCUGCGACGCCAUCGGGAACUUUGUGAUGUUGUACUCAAUGUUGGCGGUCGUAAAAUUUUCGCACAUCGCGUAAUACUUUCCGCCUGCAGUCCAUAUUUUCGCGCCAUGUUCACCGGUGAAUUGGAGGAAUCACGACAAACCGAAGUAACUAUACGAGAUAUUGAUGAAAAUGCCAUGGAGUUGCUUAUCGACUUUUGCUACACUGCACACAUUAUUGUCGAGGAGUCAAAUGUGCAAACUUUAUUACCAGCAGCAUGCCUACUACAGCUGGUUGAAAUACAGGAUAUUUGCUGUGAAUUCCUAAAGCGACAAUUGGAUCCGACAAAUUGUUUAGGCAUACGCGCCUUUGCCGAUACACACUCUUGCCGGGAAUUGUUGCGCAUUGCCGACAAAUUUACACAACACAACUUCCAAGAUGUUAUGGAAAGCGAGGAAUUUCUAUUGCUACCCGUUGGACAACUUGUGGAUAUUAUAUGCAGCGAUGAGUUGAAUGUACGUUCUGAAGAGCAGGUUUUCAAUGCUGUUAUGUCUUGGCUGAAAUACAAUGUGGCGGAUCGUCGUCAACAUUUGGCACAGGUUUUGCAACAUGUACGUUUACCGCUGUUGUCACCAAAAUUCCUCGUUGGUACUGUUGGCUCUGAUUUGUUGGUGCGUUCAGAUGAAGCAUGCCGUGAUCUCGUUGAUGAAGCCAAGAACUAUUUAUUAUUACCACAAGAACGUCCACUAAUGCAAGGUCCGCGCACACGCCCACGUAAACCAACACGUCGUGGUGAAGUGUUGUUUGCUGUUGGCGGCUGGUGUUCAGGUGAUGCCAUUGCCUCCGUAGAACGUUUUGAUCCGCAAACAAACGAUUGGAAGAUGGUUGCACCGAUGAGUAAGCGACGUUGUGGCGUCGGUGUUGCCGUACUCAAUGAUUUACUCUAUGCCGUUGGCGGUCAUGAUGGACAAAGCUAUUUGAAUAGCAUCGAACGUUAUGACCCGCAAACAAAUCAAUGGUCUUGUGAUGUCGCGCCAACCACCUCCUGUCGCACUAGUGUUGGCGUGGCCGUCCUGGACGGAUUUUUGUAUGCCGUCGGCGGGCAGGAUGGCGUACAGUGUCUGAAUCAUGUUGAGCGCUACGAUCCUAAAGAGAACAAAUGGUCAAAGGUCGCACCAAUGACAACCCGCCGUUUAGGCGUGGCCGUAGCCGUUUUGGGUGGUUAUCUCUACGCCAUUGGUGGCUCUGAUGGCCAAUGCCCACUAAACACGGUCGAACGCUAUGAUCCAAGACAAAAUAAGUGGUGCGCUGUAAACCCAAUGUCCACACGUCGCAAGCAUUUGGGCUGCGCCGUCUUCAAUAACUACAUAUACGCUGUCGGUGGACGUGAUGAUUGCAUGGAAUUAUCAUCAGCUGAACGCUAUAACCCGCAUACAAAUACCUGGAGCCCAAUCGUGGCAAUGACUUCUCGUCGCAGCGGUGUUGGCUUGGCCGUAGUGAAUGGGCAGCUAUACGCCGUUGGCGGUUUUGACGGCUCCGCCUACUUAAAAACAAUUGAAGUUUACGAUCCAGAAACCAAUCAAUGGCGUUUAUGUGGUUGUAUGAAUUAUCGUCGCUUAGGUGGUGGCGUAGGUGUGAUGAGAGCACCACAGACUGAAAACUAUAUGUGGAUACGCAAAGAUUCCGUUGUUUGAUUGAAUACCGAGGUGUGUUAUUAAAGCCGUGGCCACGACAUAAACAUUUAGCGCGUUGCUACGGUACAUUUUAAGGCUUUUAAGCUUAAAUUAAAUUCGUAAGCAGAGUAAAUAUAUAUUGAAAACUACAAACAUAAAGAAAAAAUCGAAUAACCUAACUAAAACUAAUUAUAACAAAAAAUAAAUAUAUAUAAACAAAAAACAAAAAAACUAAAAAAAAAUAUUGCGCAUGAAUUCCAUUUACAUUAAAACAAAUGAAAUUCAUUGUUUGCCGCUUGCCUGUGAUGAUAAUGUGGAUUGUGAAAUUGUUUGUGCGAGUGGCCGUCAUGUUGCGCUUAGCCAAAUUUCACUUUGUAAAAUUGAUAACAAAACAUUUCCACAUAGCUGUAUGGAACAGCUAUUUGUCCCGUGCGCUGCAACACAAUGCUGAAACACAGACACAAUAAACUAAAACAAAAAAAUGCAAUUGCUUGCGCAGUGCACGGGACAUGCAAAACAAUUUUUUUGUAAACGAAUAAAACUGCAAUAUUACGAGUGUUGUAAAGUGAAAAAAUAUUGAAAGAUUGAACUAAUUUUAAAAAAAGUUGUAGGAAAUUAAGGGUAUAAAAAUUUUAACUGCCUUCUAAUUGCAAAUAAAAAUAAAAAAUAAGAACAUUUUUUUAAUUUAAUAAUUAAAUAAGCCUAUGACCAGUAUCCAUUAGCAGUUCUAACACGAAAAUAUAUUGAAAUAUUUACUAAUGCAUAAAAAAGCAAUUUUGUGCUAAAAUAAUUUUUUAUUUAACCUUACUUUUUCUAAUGUAAAUAUAUAUACUCGUAUAUAUGUAUAUUAAUUUUGCGGUCGAUAGUGAUUUUUUUAAUUUGCAAACUUGCACUUUAAGCACGCAUUAAUAAAUUUAUUUGUUUUCUCUUUAAUAAAGACCUAAUUUAUUUACUAUAAAAAUGAACCUGAAGCUGGCAGCUCCCACUCAUAGUAUUAAGCGACUAAAAACAUGUUAAAAAUAAUAAAGAAAGUAAAUAAAUAAAAAAGCAAAUAAAUAAAAAUAACUAAAAAACUAUAUAAACGCAAACGUUAAGAACCAAAAAUAUAUAUAUAAACAUUAACGGAGUAAUCAGCGAUUAACUUAUUACCAGCUAAUUUUAAUAUAAAAUUUGUGGUUAAUCCGCGUGAAUUUGCUUUUCGAAAAUAUUAUUUUUUUUGUGAAACGUAACUUUGUUUUAAUUUUAGUUAAACUGCAUUUCUCAAUGAAUUAAUAAAGAAAUAUAUGUAUUGUAUGUACGUAAGCGUAUUUGUAGAAGCAUGCACCACAUGUGUAUGUAUAUGUACGCAUGUAUUUGUAAACUUAAUGAAAACAUUGUUCUUUGCUGGAAAUAAAAUGUUGACAACUAAAUUAAGAAUUUAUUAAUAUAAUAUAUUAUAUAUAAUAAUAACAAAAAAGUGCGUAAUGCUGUAGAAUACCUUGAAAUCGAGUUCUACUGUGACGAAAUUAACGAAUAUAUUAAUAAAUAACUGGACAAAACAUUA